GACAGAUUAAUGAUGAUGGUUCUGAUUGACUACAUUACCCAUAAUCCUCCAGCGUGCCUAAGACGGACUCCAUUCAAGGCUGCAGUCGAUGCGGGAUUCCGGCGGAUGCAGAGAGACGGAAAAUAAUGACUUCCCGCUCGGACAGUGGGAGCGGAGAGGACUCGCUGGACCGGCUCCUGCCUCACGCCGGGGCCCCCCGCAGGAAGAGCGCCACCUCUCUGAGUAAAACAGAACCACCUCUGCUCCGCACCGGCACACGUACCAUCUACACCGCCGGCCGCCCUCCCUGGUACGACGAGCACGGCGCUCAGUCCAAAGAGGCUUUUGUCAUCGGGCUGUGUGGGGGCAGCGCCUCAGGGAAGACCACUGUGGCCAACAAGAUCAUCGAGGCGCUCGAUGUGCCGUGGGUUGUGCUUCUGUCUAUGGAUUCUUUCUACAAGGUUUUAUCCCCAGAGGAGCAGAACCUGGCAGCGCAGAACGACUACAACUUUGACCAUCCGGGGGCGUUCGACUUUGAGCUGCUGGUGGCCACACUGCGAAAGCUGAAGCAGGGAAAGAGCGUCAAGAUCCCAGUGUAUGACUUCACCACCCAUGGGAGGCAGAAAGACUGGAAAAAUGUGUACGGCGCGAGUGUUAUCAUAUUCGAGGGAAUAAUGUCUUUUGUAGACAAAGAGCUUCUUCAGCUGCUGGACAUGAAAAUCUUUGUGGACACAGACUCAGACAUCCGACUCGUCCGCCGGCUCCGCAGGGACAUCACAGAGCGUGGCCGGGACAUUGAAGGCGUCAUCAAGCAGUACAACAAGUUUGUGAAGCCUGCCUUUGAGCAGUACAUUGAACCCACCAUGAGGCUGGCCGACAUCGUUGUGCCUCGAGGUGGUGGGAACAUGGUGGCCAUCGAUCUGAUAGUUCAGCAUGUCCACAGCCAGCUGGAGGAGCGUGAGCUCAGUGUCAGAGCUCUGCUCGCCUCGGUCCAGCAGACGCAGCCGCUGCCUCAGACGCUCAGCGUGCUGGAGAGCUCGCCGCAGGUCCGCGGCCUGCACACCAUCAUCAGGAACAGAGAGACGAGCCGAGAUGAGUUCAUCUUCUACUCAAAGAGAUUAAUGCGUCUUCUCAUCGAACAUGCUCUGACUUUUCUACCCUCUCAGCCUUGUGUGGUUCAGACUCCGCAAGGCCCGGACUACGACGGGCGCAGCUACAAGGGGAAAGGAAUCACCGGCGUCUCCAUCCUGAGGGCAGGAGAGACCAUGGAACCCGCCCUGAGGGCUGUGUGCAAGGACGUCCGCAUUGGGAAGAUCCUGAUCCAGACCAACAUGGACUCCGGCGAGCCAGAGCUGCACUACCUGCGCUUGCCCAAAGACAUCAGCGAGGAUCACGUCAUCCUGAUGGACAGCACCGUCUCCACCGGCGCCGCGGCCAUGAUGGCGGUCCGGGUUCUGCUGGAUCAUGAGGUUCAGGAAGAAAAGAUCAUGCUGGUGUCGCUGCUGAUGGCUGAACUGGGAGUGCACUCUGUGGCCUACGCCUUCCCAAAGGUCAAGAUCAUCACCACCGCUGUGGACAAGGACCUGGACGAAUCCUUCCACGUUAUUCCUGGUAUCGGAGACUUUGGGGACCGGUACUUUGGGACGGACGGGUUGGUUGGUUGGAGCGAUGAAGAGAACCAGGAGUCAGUGUGACUCUGAUUAAUGCACAGACACCAAAUAUAUUCUUAUAUUAAUUUUACACACUGCAGACCAUUUUUUGUAUUAUAAAACAGCUACAAAUGUGCUGAAUAUUUCUAUAGAGAUUGGUGCCAUCACCUGCAUUGCAAUAAUCCCAUUUAUUUCAUAAUCCAAACCAGGAUAUGAAUUAAUUAAACUGAACAUGCUUGAAAUGUGCAGAUUUAUAUAUUUUUUUAGGUUUAAUGUAACAGAACAAAUGUCAACAGGAAAGACAUGAGAUCACUGUAAUAUUCAUUUUGUUUUUUGUUUAGCAUGUUAUAUAAUAAGUGUCUUCAUUUCCAAGAAAUGCUGCACCUUCAUGUAACAUUAAAAAAAAGCUAUGCAAAAAUAUUAAAACGUAGCUGCUAAAGCUACUUACUAAGUAUUUAUGGUCAGAGAAAAUAUCUUAGUACACUUGAAAUAAACAACUAAUUUGUAAAUAACGUAUCAACAAGCUUUUAUAUGAGCUUGUUUAAAGUAAAUAAUUCCCUAAUAUUGAUGAAAAAGGACUUUGAUUAUUUAACUUAUAAAAUGUUUUUCUACAAGUGACAUAAUCUGCCAGGGAACUAGAACUUUUUCAUUAAUAUUAGGGAUUUAUUGACCUAAAACAAGCUCAUGUUUCUUGAUGAAAAGUUACUUGUAAGUUAGUUUUGUCUUAUUUCACGUGUAUGAAAAAUAUUUGCAGUAAAACUAAACCAGAAUUACUUUGAAAGCUUUUGGGGUUUUGCAGUGUACUCUGUCUGCUGUGCACUAUUCACAAAACGUUUGGGACAUUUGGAUUUUGUGUGAAAUUUAUUGGAGCCUUAAAGAUUUCAUCUCAUUCCAAUAAGAUUAAAUAAUGACAAAAGAGCAUUUAUGUAAAAGUUUUCUCAUCUCCAGCAACAUAUUCAAAUGAAAUGGUUUAAUAAUG